CGUUUGUUUAGUAAACUACGGUUGAUAAAAUUUUCACACGAAAAUCUAAAGUUCUGUUUUCGUUUGUUGUACUUUGUGAAAUUUUAAACGUUGCAACAUUGUGUGGUGUGUUUUACAUAACGGGACGUAAAUAUUAACAUGGAUUCCUUCACAGAAAAUAUUCUGGCUAGAGCCAGAGAACGACAGAAAAUGUUAAAGGAAUAUUCAGACAAAGAUAAUGUUACUCCCUUAAGGGAAGCCAACAGUGAAAGUAAUUUAAAAUCGUCCCAAAGUACUUUGGGAGCUUCAAAGAUUGGUAAAAAAGAAACUGCUUCUGACUCACAACUGUCACAACAAUUAUAUAAAAAUGAAAAUUUUAAAGAAAACAGAUCGGACGACAAUUUGAAUAAGUUUGUCAGGCAGACAAGUAAAACAAGAAUCUCCUCAGAUAUGCCAGGAUCACCCAACCCUCAGCUUAAAACUUUAAACAUUCAAAAUGGUGAUAUUAAUAUGGAGAUUAAGGUCACAUCUUCUGAUAAUGUUAGACUUGAGGUGGAAAUUCAGGAGAGGGACUCAGACAAUGAUUCUGGUAGUGUAACUACUGGAAUUGGUCUUCGGAAGGACGCCAAGAAAAGAUUGGACACACUUGGACAGUUAUAUGCAGGUGGUGAUGAUGCAGAUAUUUCCUCACCCAUACACAGGAGUGAAGAGAAAUUUCAUCAACAGGAGGAGAACAGUUCAGCCUCAAAUACGAAAAAACAGGAUAGUAGAUGCAAAAGGGGUUUAAAAAAAUUGGCUGAUUUAGCCAGUCACAUAAAUGAAUGGGAGGAUGAUCUAGGCCAUCCAAAACCAAAAGUUUCUGAACCACAAUCAAAGAAAAUCUGGAAACCACCAGCUCCACAACCCCCAGUUCAGAGCAGCACUGGCAAGGUGAAGGGGAAAGCUCCUCAGCCACCAAAAGUGCAAACAUCACCACAGAAAUCAACCACUCCAACAAUCAGCUCAACUAAACCCAACAGUGGAACUCAAGUAGUGGGUGUCACUCCAAAGCAAUUAAAAUGGGAUCAGGCUGUGCUAGACACAUUGGAAUCACAGGGUUUUACGCGUACAGCUUCGACCUCGCGAUUGGUAUAUACCUUUAAUAAUGAUUCACAGGAGCAUGGUCAGUCUAAAAACGAAACAAGCUCCGCUAAAGUGGAAAAAAUGGCUCCAGUCCCUCAGCCGGAGAAAAAUAAAAUCAACGAGGAAGACAAAAAUAUUGUCACCAAUGAUAAACCUGAAGUAAAAGGUACAAGCACAAAGGUCGCCGAACUACAAGCAAAUUUUGGGUCGAAGGUGACAACAACAGUUCCUAAACCAAAAACUCCUGUUAAAUUAGGAGGCGGCUCCGUGGCUGGCAGAGCAGCGAUGUUCGAGUCCGGUGUGGUGGCGAGCACUCCGCCGAGUACCGUCAAAGAUCCGGCAUUAAUGUCAGUGUCGGAGAGGAAGGCUCUCUUUGAAAAGAAUAAAGGUACAGCACUUGUGCCCAAGGCGGCGUUUGGAAUGUCUGCGCCUAUCGAGGCAAAGAACACACCAAAAACUCAUGCAAACAAUGGCAGCAAACCGGAGGAUAAAGCGAAUUUAACCAAUAAAGUUAAAUAUCCUGCACCUGCGUCACCUUCCGUACACAAUACACCAGUGUCAGCAACGGUACAUCAGUCGGACGGCAUCGCCAGCAAAAUGGCUCAACUGUUGGAAAACAAGAGCACAAUUUCCGAAGCCCAAAUUUCCAGCAACGUUAAAGAACAACGUCAAAAAGAAAUUGAUCAGUUACUUAAUAGGUUCAAUAAGAACAAGGUUGAACAGCCUUCAGCACCCCCAGCCGAAACCGAGACGGAUUCAGAUGAAGAUGAGGUUACAGAAGACACUGCCAUGUUGUGUAAUAAUAGAUCUACAAAGGUCAUUUCUUCAGUACCUCCACCACCGCCACCACUUAAACCUGAAGUGGUAGUAGUGGAGGGUAGAAGAAGCAGUGGAAAGCGAUCCAGUACGUCUUCCGAUAGCCAUCUGGUAACAUCCGUAUUGGACGAGGUGAAACGAAUUAAGGUUUCGCCACCGAAAGCAGGAAAGCUUUAUCCAAACCUGUCCGAUAUCGAGGCGUCUACAGAGACGGAAGCCCAGACUCAGUCUGACGAUUCCUCAAACAGCAGUUUCGGCGAACAAUACGACUCUGACGAACCAAAUACAAGUUUCGGGCGUGAUAUUUUGAAGGCCGUGUGCAAAAAUCAGACACCUCAUAAAAGGCCCAUAUACGAUGACAGCACAGCAAGUGAUAUAUCCAGUGUUUUGGAUGGAGGUUUGGAUGAGAUUCCCGAGGAAGAAUCCGAGUGCACGGAUGGACCUACUCCUCCAAAACACUACAGGCAAUCCGGAAACGCUCAGUACGCGGCACCAUCUCAUUCAUUUAAUUACAAAAACUUCACACCGAAUAACAUAAAAUCGCCUAUGUCGCAGUUUAAGUCGCCACUGAAGGUUCCAUCACCGCGUAAGUCGCUUGAAAAUCCGACUACCUUUGUUAUGGAAGGCGAUAAUGUUUUACCUCUUACACACAGUGUAAGUUUUUACAGAAAACAGCAGUCACAGCAGACUAAUAAAACUCCAGUGAAAAAAGUAACUAGACAACCGCUAUUGUCUGAGACCACAAUCGACAACAUCAAUAACGAGUCGGCUGAAUUGGAGAAGAAAAUAAAACAACUUGAAGAUGAGGUUAACAAACAACAGAUGAUUAUAUCCCAAACUAGUCAAGCCUUGAAUUUGUGCAAUUGUACGCCUGAGUUCUCUGGAUCCACAGAACAAGUUGAAGCUGAACGUGUUCUGUUAGUAGCAACUCAUAGAAGACAGGCAGCUUUACAUGAAAUCCAGAGAAUGCGCGUGGAGGGUACAAUUAGACCUCAAGGCGAACAUUCUCAACAUUUGCCACUGGAGAAAGGCACACUCACAAUAUCCAAAAUUGUGUUGCCUUUAAAACAAAAAUACGUCACAGCACUUGCAGCCACUGGAGGCAAAGGUCACCAUGUGGUUUGCUUGAUAAAGUGUGGUGACCAGGUGGUACCAACUAAGUUGGUAUCGACAACAGCGAGUGAUAAGAAGAAUCCGGACGUAGAUUUAUGCAUUCCUGGUUCAAUAACAUUAAACAACAUCUACAGUGACUUCACUGUAACCUUUGAGGUGUACAGUUUACAGGCUCAAGAGGAGUUUUUGCCGCACGAAGUGAAAUAUCAUAUCAACAAAAAAUCCAGUAAAAUAACUCCAAAAAAGAAACAAGAUUCAAGACUACAAAGGCCAGUGAAAGAAUCACCAGCGGGACCUCAAGCUGUUAGGUCCUCAUCAUUUGCUCUGAUGGGUUAUGUGGUGUUCUCAGUACAGGCUGUAAGCAAGAGACACUGGUCGCUGAACAACUGUCCAUCAAUGAGUCCCUUAGAAGGCAACGUGGAAAUGAAGAUUUCCUGCGAGCUCGCUCUUUCUGUGGAACAUAGGGGUUUCUUGACUAUGUUUGAAGACGUUUCUGGGUUUGGAGCUUGGCAUAGACGAUGGUGUCUCUUAAGUGGGCAUACUUUAAGUUACUGGAAAUAUCCAGAUGAUGAAAGAAAAACUGCCCCUAUUGAUUCUAUAAAUUUAAAAACUUGUGUAACAAGGAACGUUGAACUGGUCAGUAGAGAUAUUUGUGCGCGAAUGCACACAUUCCUUUUAGAAAGAGAGAGAAUGGCGUAUCCUCAAGAUAAGGACACAUUGGUAGUGAUGCGAAAGGGAGACAAAACAAUUAUAAAGCAUUUAUUGUCGGCAGACACGAAGGAAGAAAGAAUAGAGUGGUGUCAAAAGUUUAACGCUGCUUUGACUGCCAUAAGAAUGUGGGGAAAUUCUGAACAGUAAUUUUUAUAGUUAUACUUUUAUACUAUUGAUAGUUUAUAUUGUGUAUUAACCUUUUUAAAUAAAACAAAUAUUUAUACCUAUUAAUUAUAAAAUAUUUUACAAAUUUUUAUCAUAUGCUAUAUGUAAUUUAUUGUAAUCGUAUAUGAAAACGAAAUAUAUGUAACAUUUUAAA